CCGCCUGCCCCUCACUCGCCGGGAAGAUGGCUGCCGUACGCCGGGCCCGCAGUUACUCCCGCUGCGUGGUGCGCUUCUCCGACCGAGAACUCUGCUAAUUUCCCCCGCGGGGACGACGCGCGGGCCGAGCGGGGGGGACGAAGGGCCCCGGGACGGGACGGCGCCGCCCGAGCGCCGGCAGCAUGGCAGAAGCUGAAGAAGAUUGUAACUCUGAUAUGGUAAGAACUGAUGACAAUGAAAGAUCUGGUGAAGCAAACCUUCAGGCAGAGCUGCAGAUGUUCAGAGCUCAGUGGAUGUUUGAGCUUGCCCCAGGUGUGAGUUCUAGUGGGUUGGAACCUCUGCCAUGCAGAACGUCGUCAAGAGGACCUGGAGUAAAGUCUGUAGAUACCAGAGGGAAACAGGAGAUAGCAAAAGAGGAAAAGGCAAAAGAACUUUUCCUGAAAGCAGUGGAAGAAGAGCAAAAUGGGGCCCUUUAUGAAGCCAUCAAGUUUUAUCGCCUAGCCAUGCAGCUUGUCCCUGACAUCGAGUUUAAGAUCGCCUAUACGCGGUCCCCAGAUGGUGAUGGAGUUGGAAAGCGGUGUGUUGAGGACAAUGAAGAGGAUGGCAAAAUGGCUGAUCUCCUGUCAGAUUUCCAGCAACAGUUAACUCUUCAGGAAUCUUCUGUCAAACUUUGUCAGCCUGAGCUUGAUGUCAACCAAACCCAUAUCUCAGCGUUGCCUCUGGAGGUGCUAAUGUACAUUUUCCGAUGGGUGGUUUCGAGUGACUUGGACCUGAGAUCAUUAGAGCAAUUAUCUCUUGUUUGUCGAGGAUUUUACAUUUGUGCCAGAGAUCCUGAAAUCUGGCAUCAAGUCUGUCUGAAAGUAUGGGGCAGGAGCUGCAAUAAACUUGUUCCAUAUUCUUCCUGGAGGGAAAUGUUUUUGGAAAGGCCUCGUGUUCGAUUUGAUGGUGUAUAUAUCAGCAAGACAACAUACAUACGCCAAGGAGAACAAUCUCUUGAUGGUUUCUAUAGAGCGUGGCACCAAGUAGAAUAUUACAGGUAUUUGAGAUUCUUUCCAGAUGGCCAAGUUAUGAUGCUUACGACGCCUGAAGAUCCGCAAUCUAUUGUUCCUCGCUUACGGACUAAGAAUACAAGAAUGGAUGCAAUCUUGCUUGGUCAUUAUCGCCUUUCCCAGGAAACGGACAAUCAAACCAAAGUAUUUGCUGUAAUAAUGAAGAAAAAAGAAGAGAAACCUGUUGACUACCACAAAUACAGAUAUUUCCGUCGUGUUCCAGUACAAGAGACAGAGCAUAGUUUUCAUGUAGGACUUCAGUUGUGCUCCAGUGGACGCCAGACAUUCAACAAACUUGUUUGGAUACAUCAUUCUUGUCACAUAACUUACAAGUCGACCGGUGAGACAGCAGUUACUACUUUUGACAUUGACAAAAUGUACACCCCUUUGUUCUUUGCACGAGUGAAGAGUUACACUGCAUUUUCAGAAAAGCCGCUCUAAGAAACACCUUGUCCUCUCACAGAUCAUGCAUGAAUAAAAGGUUGUAGCCAACCAGCACUUAAGAUAUAAAUGUGUAUAUAUUUGGAGCAUUUUAAAAUUCCAGGGUUGUUUUUUUUUUGAGGGCGUUAUUGUUCUCCUUGGUUCUGACUAGCUGGGGUUUUGUUCUGAGAUAAAGCUUCUCAGUGUUAAACACCUUUACUUUGUGACAAGAAUUUGGUAACAAAGUUUUUAUUUUUUUUAAACAGAUUUUAUAAAUCAGUCUGCUUAAAAUGUGAGUCUUCAUCUCCCUGGACAUUGGUUUGUUCAAAAAGAAUUGCCAUAGGAAAUUCUCAUUGUCCAUGGGACAGUGUUUGUGGUCUUGGGUGAAGGCUUGAAACAUGAAUGGAAGAAAGUUGUUCUUAUAUUUGUUAAACUGUGUGACUUAAAAUAAUUUCAAAUAAACAUUCUCUUCAAAUUAAAUUGAUUUUGUUUGCCUUCAAGAUCUGGCUUUAUAUCAACAUCAACCUUAAGAAUAAACAAUCAAGGGCAGGCAGUCAUGAAGCAUCGCAUUUAAAUGCAGAGGUACAUCCCUGACAAUGCAGGGAUGCCAGUUGAUGAUAAAAGUAAUUUGAUCUUGAUACGAGUUGGUAGAGCCUGCCUUCUCAAUAAGUGGGCAUAAAAAGGAGAGGGAUGUGGGCAGUGAGUAGUAGGAUGAGUUGGCAGGGUACGUGGCUCUGCUUGGGGAUUGUCACAGAGCAAUGGUGAAAUGCUUGUGUGUGCUGCUUGUGCAUUGGCAGGGUCUGAUUGCACAAGCAGGCAGAGCUCGCUUGAACGUGUUUCUAAUGUGUAAUAAUCCUUCAUCUAACCUUGCUACAGAUGCUGUAAAUCCUUUGAGCAUUUGUUGUACUAAGAUAAACUUUGAGGCUGCUGUAGAUGUUCAGGUGCUGUGUACUGCUAAUCAUGAAGUGUACCUUGAGAUUUGGCGCAGGUACUGUAUGCUGCUUCUCCUGCAUAUAUUGCUUGGGGGUGUAGUGCAGACACUGUUAUACUGCUUAUUAUCAUAUGUGUCUUGGAUUCUGAAAGAAUUGAAGCUUUUUAGUGUAGUUUUUUUUAAGCCAUCCUGCAUAAUUUACCUUUGAACAUCUCAUUUCAAAGUACUAACCUGGACUCAGACUAAUGUGUGAAAGAACUGUGGGAAGAACUAUACUUGUUCCAUAAUUUAUAAAGUGUAUCUUUGCAAGGAGUUACACAAUUAAAAUACAUCAAUAAAACAUGAUUUUGAACACACA